AUGGCUCCGCACCACGAAGAGCACUACCACCCCAAGGAUGCGAUCGCGGCAUCGAUGAAGACCACUAUGCUCACUGGUGGAGCGGGUCUUUUCGCCUCGGCCGUCCAGAACACCCUCACCAGACAGAACGUCGGCCCGCUGGGCGUGUUCAUCCGGAGCGGUGGUACCGUCGGUAUCUUCGCCGCCAUGGGAGGUACCUACGAAUUCGUGAAGACCGCAUCCGCCAACCUUCGUGAGAAGGAAGACCACUGGAACGUCGCUCUGGGAGGUUUCUUCUCCGGCGCCAUCCUGGGUCUCCGAGCUCGCACAUUCCCCGCCCUCCUGGGCUACGGCGUCGCUCUGGCCACCGCCACGGGCGCUUUCGAAUACACCGGUGGAUCGUUGUUUGGCCACAAGAAGAACACCGAUAUCGACGAGUUUGAGCGUCGGGAACAGCUCCGGAAGACAUACAGAAUCCCCGCAGAGCAGACUCUUGCCGAAUUGGGCGAGGGACGAGGUAUCUAUGGCCCCGGAUACGCCGAGAGACGGGCGGAGAGAAUCAAGGAGGCAUACGGUAUCGAGGUUCCCACAACGGCUCCGGCAUCAUGA